GGGCCCUCAGAGAACCUCCACUAUUUUUUAGAAUACAUGGUCCAGUUGUUUGCAGUGCCCCUUCAUCUAUCAUCACAUCGGUUUUUUACAUAUGUGUUUUUUAUACAUGUUUUUUUCUCCUGUGAUUUAUUUUGAUACACUUCGCCGCGUCUCUGAUGCCCCCUUAGCCCCACCCACGUCUUUGAAACACCAACAGCGCCAAACUCAAGGCUCCGCAACGGGAAAAAUGACCACUGAGAGCGGGGAGCCGCAAUGGAGAAACGUGCAUUCGGUCUCAGGAGUGGUACCGCGUUCCAGACACGGUCACCGCGCUGCAGCCAUACGGGAGCUCAUUGUUGUGUUUGGUGGCGGAAACGAAGGGAUAGCCGAGGACCUCCAUGUUUACAACACUGUCUCAAAGCAGUGGUUUCUGCCUGCUGUGAGGGGCGACAUCCCGCCCGGCUGUGCUGCCCAUGGCUUUGUCUGCGAAGGCACUCGAAUACUGGUGUUUGGCGGCAUGUUGGAAUUUGGCAAAUACACCAACAGCCUGUAUGAACUUCAGGCUAGUCGCUGGCUGUGGAAGAAGCUGAAGCCCAGAGCUCCGAGGAAUGGCUCGCGUCCCUGCCCUCGGAUUGGACACAGCUUCACCCUUGUGGGUAAUAAGUGUUACCUGUUUGGAGGUCUGGUCAAUGAUAGUGAAAACCCCAACGGCAACAUACCAAGGUACAUGGGUGACCUGUAUGAGCUGGAGCUGCAGUCAGCAUCGGGUGCCAGAGGCUGGAACAUUCCAGAAACAAAAGGGGGCGGUCCUUCAGCGCGGGAGUCCCACAGCUCAGUGGCUUACAGUGGCCCCAACUCCCCGAAGCUCUACAUUUUUGGAGGAAUGCAAGGAUGCCGCUUAGAUGACCUCUGGCAGCUUGACCUUGACACGAUGGUGUGGUCAGCGCCUGAAACAAAGGGUUCCGUGCCACUUCCCAGAAGCCUUCACUCUGCCAGUUUAAUCGGAAACAAGAUGUAUGUUUUUGGAGGCUGGAUCUCUGUUCCAGAGUCAGACAAAUACGAUGCUUCAGGGACCAAAUGUAUCUGCAGUAGCUCUUUAAGCGUGCUCAACUUUGACACGAUGAGCUGGCAGAACUUGAGCCCAGAGGAGCAGGAGGACGACGACACUGAGUCCCAGCUGCAGAGUCAGGGACCCCAGAGUGAUGAUCCAUAUGCAUGUAGGCCCAGAGCCCGGGCUGGCCACUGCGCAGCCGCGGUCGGAUCCAGGCUUUACAUUUGGAGUGGCCGUGAUGGUUACCGUAAGAGCUGGAACUACCAGGUCUGCUGCAAGGAUCUCUGGUACCUGGAGACGGAUCGGCCAGCCACCCCAGAGGCGGUGUUACUCAUCAAAUCCACGGUGAGCUUGCUCCACGUGGCAUGGCGCCCCCUAGCUGCAGCAGACUGCUACGUCCUUCAGAUCCAACCUGUGAGUCCUCCCAAAGCUGCAGCCAACAGUCAACCUGGCAACGCAGCCGAGCCCAUGGGAACAGAUGGACAAGAGGGGAAGAGUAAAGAUCCCCAAGGCGUCCAGUCUCUUCAACCUCAAACUGAAAGAACUGCAAACAGAGAAGAGAAAACUUCAACUCAGGAAACUAUAGUGAAGUCAUCCGGCGGCUCAGCAGAGAAACAACCACCCGAUGGGAGAAGUGCUGCAGGGAGAGACUCACCAGUGUCGGACCUAAAAAGCUGCUUUGCUGGGCAGGAAAUAUUGGCAACAGAGGUCAGCAGAUCAGCUCAGCACCCAUCAGACAAGACAGCAGAUUUCUACGCCCAUGCUGAUCAGGCUCAGCAGAAUCCAGAGGAAGCAGUGUGGUUUGAUGUCGGUGUGUUCAAAACACUCUUCUCUGAGGUCAGCCACUACUUUCUCCCCGCUGACAGUGACCAGGUCACCACAGGUGUCAGCAGCCGGGCCACAAAUACUAAAGAGCCCUUCCCCCAGAGGAAGUUGCCGGGGCCUCAGGACUACCAGGGCAGGGAGAAGCAGGAGCUCGCUACAGGUCAGACCUACAGAUUCCGAGUCGCAGGCAUCAACUGCUUUGGCCAAGGACACUUCAGCCCAGUCAGUGAGUUCAAGACCUGCCAACCCGGUUUCCCUGGAGCACCCUCUGCUGUCAAGAUUACCAAGGUCAAUGAUUCAGUCCACAUCACAUGGGAUCCUCCGAGCUCCCCGUCGGGUCGGAUCCUAGAGUACUCCAUGUAUAUGGCGGUGAGGAAGACCCGCUCCACCACCUCAGAACGUCCGGGUCAGAUGGCCUUCAUCAGGAUCUACCGUGGCACCAAGACUUCCUGCUCGGUCAGCUCCACCCACCUGGUCAACGCCCACAUCGACUGCUCCGCCUCAAACCGGCCAGCCGUCGUCUUCCGCAUCGCCGCCAAGAAUGAGCAGGGCUAUGGCCCGGCAACGCAGAUCCGCUGGAUUCAAGAUCCCAGUAAAUUGCGAGCAUCUGCAUCCAAAGCAGACGGCAGUGCCAAGGCUGAGCAGGACGCGGCUGACAGCUCCAGCUGAAAAAGUUAGGUCCAAUGACGUGUUUGAGAAAAAGUCUGCACUCAGGAAGUUGGGGAUGUACGACACUCAGAUGUUAUAUGAUGCGUCGUAGAUGGUUUUCUUAAUUUAUUUUUUUAUGUAUUUAAUGAUUCCCUUGUAAAUAUAUACAGUAUACGUUUUCACAGAAAGCUGAAACACCUAACAUUGUUUAAGUAAUAAUACUAAUGUGAUGCAAUGGAACUAGCACCAAUAAUAUUUGUAUUUAAAUUUCUGUAAAGGUUGGCGAUGCCUUAGCUCUUACUCCCACUAAUGGUUUUUGUGUCCAGAUUGUACAUGAAACACAAGAGGUGAGAGGUUUUCAGGGCGAGUGCACAUCAGAAAGAAAAUGUUUUGUUCUUGUGGAUCACUUCUACAAUCUUAAUCCACACUGUUAGGUUAGGAGCUGUAAGUAAUCUUUCUGAUGAAAUGUUAUUUUGUCAUUAGAUUAUUUCCUUUUCCAGGUUUGGUUUAGGAUAUUUUUCUGGAUGUGUUUGUCAUAGUACAUGGCCAUGUUGAUCGGCAAAUGAUCUGUAUAUGUACAUUACAAACCUGCAUCACGUU